UAGUCGGAGAACCGCGGCCUAAUAAACAGGUUAAUGUCUAGUAAUUUGGCCAAUUAUUAUCCCAAAAUGGCCAAAUUAGCAAUUUUCAAAUGCCUUAAUUUUACGGUCACAGCGAACAAAAAACCAUUGGCAUAGACCGGUAGCCAAUCAAUUUUUGACCUUAAAAGGACAUCAUGGUUCAUUUUGCCGAGAAAUUACUAUCGAGAUUACGUAAAGACUUUUGAACAAUUUCUUUAAUUUUAACCUUGCUUAUUUGCUGAAAUCGUUUUGAGAAUUUUAAUGGCAACCUCAGCGGUAGAAGACGAGAGACUGGAGUCCCCGCUGGGUCCGAGGUACCGAAGACCGCGCCUACCGACAACCUCGGGAGUCUCGGGUCUUGCCGAUCGCUACAAUUAUGGAACUAUCAUUCAUAACCGAGUUUUCAUUGGCGGGUUGCAUAGUAGCGUGACCGAAGAAGAUCUCAGAAAGAAAUUCACCGAACAUGGAGAAAUAUCGGAGAUUAAAAUUAUCAAAAAACCCGAGCAGGAGAAAGGAUACGCUUUCGUAACAUUUCAAGCUCCGGAAAUUGCUAAGAAAGUUCUAGAAGAAUCUGGUUCUCGGGUGAAGAUAAACGGAAUGGAUUCCAAACUCGGACCAGCGAUCCGAAAACCUAGUACGACGGAUUCCCCUCCGAACGACGCUGGGUUUAAGAAGGCGGGAUUUGUAAUGCAGCCGAUGUUGACGCCAAAGAGAAGCCGACUGACAUCGUGUCCCGAUGGAGAGUUCGGGUUGGGUUACGACCCAUCAAACCCAGCGCCUAUUCCCGUGCCCAUAUCAGGAACACAGGCUCCAAACUCGACACCGGAAAGACCCUACAACACAAACCAAAAUUUGCUGAGCCAGUACAGCCAUCACGAAUUGAACCAGAUCUUACUGGCUGCGAGACUUAUGCAGGCAUCCAGCAACUUUUUAAACGUCAAUCCAGCGGCCAUAACACAAGCGCUGCUGAUGAACCAGAUGCAAAUGAACAACAACAACAACAACAACAACAUCAACAAUAAUAAUAACAACAAUAACAGUCCUCGAUCUCCAAAUGGGGGUUUCAAUACGGGGACGACCAGUCAAGAACAUGUUUUCUUUCCAAGCUCUUUCACUGGAUCACCAACCUACGCGACUGCUGCAGUUUCCCAGAACGGAUCAUCGCAUCAGGUGCAAGGGGUUCUGACCGGACAUCUGGGAUCCCUGGCGCCUCCUAUGACUCCUUUGUCUCCUAUGAACUUCGCUUUGCAAAUACCUCAGACCAGCAACCAAAAUAUAUAUGCCCAGUCUUAUGAACAACAUCAACAAAAUCAACAACAUCAGCAGCAAGCUCAACAAAAUCAGAUGGCUUUCAAUAAUGCUUCGCAGAUAAUUGCCAGUGCUGCUAAUUUAGGACUGGAUCUGAACCCUGGAAACCUAAACCUGAUCGGAACACAAAUGAAUGGAGUUGGGGGGCAGCACGUAGAACAACAACUCGGAUUGAGCGGGGGUGGUGCAGGUAGUUUGAAUCACGGGUCGUGGCAAGGUGUUUCGGGUCAGCAGUCGGCAGCAGUAAUGAUGCAUUCACCUUUGGCAGCUUCGAUGCCUUCGGGUAGUGGAUUUUUGGGAAGUAUACCCGAGCAAGGAAAUAUGGGAGGUACUUUCCAGUUUGACAUUGAGGCAACAUCGAGCCCAGAAUAAAUAUCGAAUUAUCGAUUUGAAUAACUGCAAAAAAAACUUGAAUUGAAUUGUGACUAAUGACAAAUUUAUAAAGUAAAUUUUGUAAAUGCGCUAAAUUAGUAUUCUCAGUGACUUAUUGAAUUGAGUUGAUAUAUUUAUAACUCUAGUAAAUUGGAAAGGUUGAAAGUUUGAA